UAACAGACAAUGCCCUAAAAAAGGGCAUAAUUAAAUCAAACGAGAGGAAAACUUAGUUUGAUUUUUUUGUACCAUUAACAAAUCAAUUUGCUCCGUUACGGGUGAAGGAUUUUAAUGAACAAUCGUUGACAAAUUGAAAUUAUAUCGUGUAUGUGUAUAUACAUGUAUGUACUAUUUUUAGAAAAUAUUAUUUGUAAAUAAUUUAUUGUGAACAUCGGGAUGGUUUGAUAUAUGCUGGAAAAUUAAAUGAUAUCAAUCCACACCGGAGUAUCAGCACAAACCAGUGAAAUAUUUCAAUGGGCCUUUGAUAAAUGGACAGCGUUCUCGAGCUUUAAUAUAUCAGUGUAACGUCCUUUAAUCAAAACAAAACCAUGUGUUUCGAGUGGUUAUACACAACAGAGCGAUACAAAGUGAAGAAAAAAGAAAACAUUAUGGAAGAGAAAGGAUUUUUUGGAAGAUUUGCUGACGCAUUUCGUCGUAAAGGUCGAAACAUGGGACUAGUGUUAGGUCUCUUUCAGCCGGAGUUAUCCGAAUUUCAGCGCAAAAAACUUUUGUACGAGUUCCACACAUUUUUCGAUUUGAGUAGAGAUGGUACAUUAGAAUGGAAAGACUUCGACAUGGCCAGACAGAAAAUAUGUGACAUGAGCGGCUGGAAGCCCGGGGCUCAGAGAUAUUUACAAGUGCACGAGUUAUUUAAAGAGAUCUGGAGAAAACUUCAGGAUGACGGUGAUGUAGAUUAUGACGGUAAAAUCUCUGAGGAGGAAUGGAUCAAAAUGUGGGAGGCGUUCAACAAGCAAUAUAUUCAGGAAAUGUCUAAGAGCAAGGAUCAAAAUAUAACGAUAGAAUUACCAGGUUGGCUGAAUAAAUAUAUGGAAUAUAAGUUUAACCUAUUAGACCGUACAGGUAAUGGUUUUGUUGACGUAGAGGAGUAUGAAUAUGUGAUGUCAGAGUUUGGAGUGCCACCAAAAGAUGCAAAGAACGCCUUCUUAAUGUUUUCUCAGAACAAUGAAAAGAAAGUAGAUCUAGAAUACUUCAAAGAACUUUGUACAGAAUAUUAUCGCUCGGAUGACCCUAGUGCGCUCGGCAAUUUCAUUAAUGGCAAACUGGAUUUUACGGACUGACAUUGCACUUUUUAAAUUGCCACAUUCAUUAUUUUUUCUGUUACGUUUCCUUGUUAAUUUUUUAGAUUAAUCUAUUAAUCUAUUGUAUUUUAACUAUGCUAUUAGAAGAAUUGGAUUUUUCUGUCGACUUCAGCAUGUAAACUUCAAUGUCCCAUAUAGGUCACUUUUGUACCUCUCCAUGUUUUCAUUUAAAAGAAGUCGCCUCCAGAUUCAUGUUAAGAUUAAUAUUUUUGUUUAAUUUAUUUAAAAGUAAAAUAAUGUGAGGUUAACAAAUAAAGUCAUUUACAUAUUGCAAUCGGCACUUUCAAUCCACGAAAAUUACCAAAAAGUGGAAAAACAGUCCUUACUGCGUGAGUAACGCAGGAGAAAUAUGGUGAUAAAAUACUGCAAAAUGAGUGUUAAACCGCACAUAACAUGUAAAAUAUAACCUGGACCUUGAAAGUUUUUUACCUUUCUUAAAAGUUAAGUACUUUUUUCUCAAUAUUGAUUUUCUUGAAAUAUUUUGGAUCAUCUGGAGGCGUGCAGCCUUAAAAGCAAUUUAGGUAUAGUAUUUAAAUAACGACCACUUGCCCUCAAAUUGUACAUAGCUCUGUCAUGCAUUCUCGUUUCUUGUUAUUUGACCUAAAUGCCCAUUUUGCCUCAGAAAUGCUUUAAAUUUUAUUUGUCAAAACCUUUUUAAUAUUGCUGCAUUUAUAGUAUCCAAAAAGUGACUCAUUGCCAAUUACCUGAAACACUUUUUUCAUCUGUUGCUUUUUGUCAAUUAGAUAAGCACAGUUAUAGAGAAUAAGUAUUUUGUAUGGAAGAGAAAAUACUACUUUGUUUACAUUUUGCUACUUUUAUGACAAAUUAUUUCACAUUUAUCGCUAAUUUCUUCAGAUGACUAGAAUCGAACAUGGUGUAAAACCAUUAUUUUUAACUUUAUUAAAUACAAGUUUGCCAAUAAAUUUGUUUCUGAGGCAUAAUGUGCCUUUAAAAUUACAGUAAAAUGUCUAAAAUACCAUCACGUUGUUGUAUUGAGAUAUGGCUGAAAAAACGGAACAUGUAUAUAUAUGCCUUUAUCAAAAGGACUGUGUAAUAACGUACAUAAUUCCAUAGAAAAUUUAGGCAUGAUUUCACAAACACAUUGUGAAUAGUCGAGUAUGCCGUCCAACUCCGACGCAGUUGUCCUCCUUUCCUUCGCUACACACAACACUGCCAUAAUAAGUCAGUUUUUAUAUCAAAAUUUGAUAGAAUUUAAAACAGAAAAGGACACAUGAUUGUUAUCUGCUUUCUUGUAAAUGUAAUUGAAUAAUAACCAUUCGCUAAUAUAUUGCUUAAAUUGAAUAAAGAGAAUAAAAAGAUUAUACAUAUGUAUCAUUAUACGGAUAUUUUCGGUCAUUUACAUAACAUGUUGUUACUCUUAUUCAAGUAAAGGUUGGUUGUUUGCAAUCUAUAAAAAUGUUCAAUGUUAAAAAUGUAUCCAGAUUAUGAAUAAGUUUGGUUCCAUUUUUUCCAUUAAAGUCGUAAUAACGUUUGCUUUCGUUACACAAAAAAAAAACAACACCACUUUCUACUGAAAUAUUUUUAUUUACCGUUCAUUAUGAAUGAAGUCAAGUGCCGAUUCCUAUGGUCACGUGAAAUUUGUGAAGGCAGUGAUUUGAUUGGCUAUGCACAAAGGAGUUUGGCACGCUAUCCCUGUUGACAACUCUUAAGAUUUUCACUUCAAGCAGUGUUUUCGAUCAUGUCAAGUUUUUGUUACACACCAUUGGUUCUUAGUGCUCGCCAAUUGUUUUAAGCCAAUCACCGACGAGGAUUUUUCAAAUUUUCAGGUUACAAAUCUUAAUAGAACAGAUUUUAUAUAAACUGGACGUUUUAUAUUAUAAAACGCAAGUGGGCGGAGCACUAAGCCGGUUAGAGUGCAUA